UUGACCACGCUAGGCAAAUAUCUGCAUUAAAUCAAUCAUAAAUAAUUUACACCGAAGUGGUAAACAGUCGUCAGAACGCUCUGCAAAGUGUACCCAAGUCCGGGGACGGCCCGUAGCGUAUGGGCUUUGCCCCAGACUUCCUGCAACAUGGUAGCAGACACCGACCACCCUGCGGCUUCCGUCAACGACAAGGACAACACUGAGGCCGAUAUAACCGAACCAUCGCACAAAUCCAUCUUCGACGUCGUCAAAUCGGGCGAACUCUCCGAAAUCGAGGACCUGGUGGACUCCCUCGGCACCCAGAUCCUGCGCGAGCGCGACGAAUGGGGCUACACCCCGGCCCACUGGGCCGCCUUGGACGGCAGCGUGGAAAUCAUGCGCUACCUGGUGGACCGGGGCGCCCCGAUCGACUUGCCGUGUCUGGGCACCCAAGGCCCCAGACCCAUCCACUGGGCUUGCCGGAAGGGACACGCUGCGGUGGUCCAGGUCUUGCUGCAAGCGGGAGUUGGGGUGAACGCGGCGGAUUUCAAGGGGCUGACGCCGCUGAUGACGGCGUGCAUGUUCGGGAGGACGGCGACGGCGGCGUUUUUGCUGGGCAUGGGGGCGCUCAACCACCUGGUGGACAUCAACGGAGACACGGCGAUGCACUGGGCGGCCUACAAAGGGCACGCCGAUUUAAUAAGGUUGUUGGUGUACUCAGGCGCCAAUUUUCAAAGGGCGGAUAAUUUUGGGUCGACGCCGCUACAUCUGGCCUGUCUUUCUGGGAGCGUGACGUGUGUGAAGAUUCUCUGCGAAAAGAGCAACAUCGAGCUGGAGCCCCUCGACAAAAACGACAAAACCCCGUUAAUGCUGGCCCAGAGCCACCGCCACACCGACAUCGUCCAGGUCCUGGAGUCCGAGAAGAAGCGGCGCUCCAGCUGGUUCCCGCCCGUGAACGAAGUGUGGGGACUCCUCUUCGGGAAAGCCGGGAACUCCAAAGCCCCUCUUGUGUUCUUCAUGUGUUCAGUGUUACUGUGGGGCUACCCCAUGUACGUCAUCCGCUGCAUCCCCAUCACCUGGAACAUCCUCCGCGGCUCCCACUACUGUUUCAUCUACUGGAACAUCGUCAUGUGGGUGUGCUGGGUCACCGCCAACCGGAAGAACCCGGGUUACAUUCCAGUUAACACCGAAUCGUACCAUCGCGCUAUCAAACAAAUCCCGUACUACGACAAGUGGAAGAAGCGCUACGCCGUCCUCAACCGCCUGUGCCACACCUGCAGGUGCUUGCGGCCCUUAAGGGCGAAACACUGUAGGGUGUGCAACCGAUGCAUAUCGUACUUCGACCACCACUGUCCCUUCAUCUAUAACUGCGUAGGGUUGAGGAAUCGCACGUGGUUCUUCUUGUUUGUGAUGAGCGUCGCCAUAAACUGUUCUUUCACGAUAUAUUUCGCAACGUACUGUAUAGCGAUAGAGGGGUUCGGGAUUUUGUACAUUUUGGGACUUUUCGAGGCCUUCGUGUUCUCCGGAUUGGGGUGGAUUCUGACGUGCACUUCGAUUCUGCACGCUUGCAUGAACUUGACGACGAACGAGAUGUUCAAUUAUAAGCGAUACCCCUAUUUGAGGGAUAAGAGGGGACGGUAUUUCAACCCCUUUUCGAGAGGACCCAUUUUGAACCUUAUCGAGUUCUUUUUCUGCACUCCGGAAGAGUACGAAGACGAUUACAGUUAUGACUAUAUAUGAUAUAUAAGUAAUAGUUGUAAGAAAAAUGUCACCACGAAGUAGCUGAUGGCACAGAAUUCGAAUCUUUUGCUGGUUACACUUGUUCAAGUGGCUUGGUUUUUGCAAUGCAAAAUUU